CAAACGACAAAGGAUCAUCAUUAAAAACUUACAGCAUGCCGACACUUGGUGAACCGAACGUGAACUUCGUUACGCCCGUGGUAGCACUGCUACCGACUAUUACCUCAUCAAUACUCCCCACGCCACUUACGACCGAUUCCAUAGACUUUUACAAACACUUGACUCCUGUGAAAUCAUUUUCUAAACUUAAACCUGUCAACCCUGUUUCUAUUAGUAAGGCAAAGAAUGCUAUCACGCAAAACAAUGCAUCAGACAAUAAUAUUACAGUUUUCACUCUAGAUGAUUUCGAAUCACCAUUCAAGACUAUUCAUGCCGAACCUCCUUUGGUCAAUCACGAUUAUCAAUUUCCUUUCCAAGAUCAUCGACAGGCUGCCGUGAUUGAAAAUCCUAAGAAACUUAACUUCGUAACUCAACUUCACCAUGGAAAUGACAUGAAUUUCAUACUGACUGACAAGAAACAAAAUCCUUUACAAAAUGCUAUAGAAUCCAGAUAUCCUACUUUUAAACAGCAGUAUCUGUCGCAUUCAUUGGGUCCUCUUAAAAUUCCAUUUCAAAUUCAUGAUCCGGUAAAGAAAGUUCCAUUAUCUCAGAUUGAUAAUUUAGAUCUAUUUUUGCCAGAUCACGACCAUAAGGUUAUUACACCCACAGUUUCUUACCCAAAAGCGUACGUGAAUCCUACUAUUAAAACGAUUACCGAUCUUAGGACAAACCAGAAAUUUUUCGAGCCCGCAAUAAUGAAUAAAUCUGCAAAUUAUCCUGUUCCUAAAGUAUCUAUAAAUUCCAUUCUAUACAAUGAUCCAAGGGAAAAUGCUGCAUCAGGCACUCAUAAACACGUCCCUGUUUUACGGACAACUGACGUUCAGAAUGUAAAGACGACCCAAAACCAACAUAAUGACAUUAUUUGGAGGCAAAAUGAUAAACAUCUGUUAACGAAAGCACCUAAUCCUUACGAGACAGUAUUACUGAGAGCUGUACCGAAUGCUCACAUUGACACAGUACCAGCAUCUACUACAAACACAAAGAUCCGAUAUGCUGGUAAACCAUACUCCACUUUAGACCUAGAAAAUUUGCUUAGUCAGAUGGAAAUCGAAUCGGAGGUGAAUAGGAAUCUUGGAAGGUCGGCCGAUAAGAAUCAAGAAGCAGCGGCAGGUCAAGGCUCAGCAGCAGGAUUCCCGAUGCACCCGGCGCAUCCCCCUCAUCCAGGACCGUCAUUCCUCCCAACGGUUCCUCCAGAAAAACGCUACCCACAAGAAGGUGUAGCUGACUAUGAUGACAUACACCGGCCCGUCAAUUCGUUGGAACCAAACCUACCAGGGUUACCUCCAGAAUUUACUGUACCUCCACACUUUGUAGACGACAAUAAGAAACUGACCGUCAUAUCCAUUCAAGCCGAUUCUCCGACGAGUAUCAAAAUGUUGUUUGGAUUGCCGCCACUUCUAGUAGGACUGAGAGGAAGCAUUGAUUUGAGAUACACGGAUAAACCUGAUGAAGACGUCUCGAAAUGGAAUUCGCAAGUGUUCGCCCCAGCUGACGAAGUACUGACUACGCCACGAUUAGAGUUCCGUUUAACAGACUUAAAGCCUUCUACUACGUAUAAAAUAAGAGGCAAACUCUAUCUUCACAAUCUCCCAGUGGAACCAGAAAGUGGUGUGUAUAUCGUGCAUACUCCGGACCUACCAACGGCUGGUCCAGUGGAGGAAAAACGCAGAGAGAUCGACAGUAAGUUGACUGUGGUCGAUGUAAACGUCACUACUGCACACGUGAGCUGGAGACACUUCGACGAAGACGAGCUACAGUUUAUUGACGCGAUACAAGUCAGAUAUCGUCCAGUAGGCACUCCGAUAUACAGUAUGACGGAGCUACUGCACCACAGCCGCUCGACAGCUGAACUCAACGACUUGCGGCCUGGUAGCACGUAUGAAGCGUCGUUGGUGCUGGUACCACCACCCAAGGCAACCACGGAGCUGCACGACCCUGGGAAGGUUGAAUUCACCACGGCUCCUUUCAUAGACCCAUACAACUGGACAGUGGUAGUAGAGGCGCGUGCGGUGGGCUCGGAGGCGGUGGAGGUGAUGUGGCGCGGGGUGCCGGCGCCGGCCGAGCGUUGGUGCGUGUACCGCGCCGCGCAUGCGUGUGGUGGGCACGCUGCGCCGGCCGAGCGCCGCGAGCACGACGACUUCAGGCUCGCCGCCAGGGACCUGCCGGCUACCAUCACGCUUACUGGGCUCGAGCCUAACAGCAGAUGUCGCGUGUGGCUCGAAUUAUUUUUAACAAAUGGCAAAGUGAAGACUAGUAAUGUGUUAGAAAUUAACACAAAAUCAGCGGAUUCACCUGAACCAAUCGACAAUACAAUAGAAGCGUCAUCAGUGGCGGGCAGUCGUGGCAGCCCUAGGGGUGACUACUACGGCGCGUUGGUGGUGGUGGGCGUGGUGGCAGCCCUGGGCGCGUUGACGUCGUUGCUGCUACUACUAGUGGUGGUGCGACGGCAUCGCCCACGCUCCGUACCCAUCACACCUGUGCCAACGGCGCCGCGAGAGUCUUCGCUGCCACCGUAUGACAACCCAGCGUACAAAUUAGAGUUACAGCAGGAAACUAUGGAUCUCUGACAGUUAACUUCCCGUGGGCACAAUGGGCUCAACGGGAUCUCAGAGCGCGGCAUCGACGUCCCGGACUCUAACGGCCGGCCGUACAACGAGAUGGGCGUGUGAACAGACAAUGUGUAUAGUGAACUAGUGAUUAUAUGUGAUGUUGUUUAACCCUUUCAUGCAAGUGAUAAGCAGUUUGUAAUAAUCUACUCUUGAUGUUGGGUUUUUAUUCUCAGUAUUAGCCUGUCUGGAAUUCGUGUCCGAUUUGGCAAUAGGCUUGUCUCUUGUUACAUUAUAGGGCGAAACAGACGACGAAAAAUGGGUGUCUUAGUUGCACCUCUGCUUACCCUUUCGAGGUUAAAGGCAUGGUAUGUGCGCUUUGCAUAUGGUAUGAUAACCAGUAAUAGUGUUUGCAAUUGUCUCAUUGUGAAAAUAAAUGUACUUUUCCAUUGUUUACCAUUUUUAAAUUCGGUUGGUAAUCAUAAAAAUAAACUUACAUAGAUUUUUUUUGUUAAUUUCUUGUGCAGAGACAGAGAGGUCUCUCAGACAUUUUUAACAUUACUGUUAGAAAUAUUUGAACAAUGAAUGGUAUUAACAAACAUUUUGUGAAAGAUUGCAGUUUUUAAAUUAUACCGAAUUAAUAAAAUGGCCACAUUAGAAGUAUACUGGGGCCUUAUUCUCUAUCCCGCACGUUAUUUGACAGUGCGUAACAAGCACGUAACACAACGCAUCAUGUUUAGGACUAUAGAAAUUUGGCUUACAGAAUACCAUUCCACGCACAUUUCUCGAAGAUAACAUGACACGGCCGCGUUACGCGUUUACACUAUCAUACAGAAUAAGGGCCCUGAUGACGAUAUGAUGACAUACGUGACAUCCAACUUUAUUACACUUUACACAAAACUGUAUGAAAGGGUUAACCAUGCUUUAAAUUAAGUUAUCCUAAAAGCUCUGAAUCGAAAUACUGCAUAAUAAAAUAAGGUAGUGAUAACAAAUGAGUUAGAUUUAAUAUUAAAUGAAAGGUAUAAAUUAUGAUAUAAAAAAAACUGCAAUUUACCGACAAUGUUACAUUUCACAUUCGUAUUACGGGACCAAAUCUUAUAUAGGUACCUGAUAUUAUGUAGCCAUCAUUACCUCUAUCUACCUUAUCUUCAUACGAUAUGAUGACAGCGAAAAAUGAAAUUUCCCAAAAGCGAACCCGACACAACACAUAAGGGGCCUUAUUCUUUAUGCCACACGUUAUUUUGACAGAGCGUAACAAGCACGUAACGCACUGCGUCACUUUAAAGACAAUAGAAAUUGGCAUACAGAAUAUCAUUUCACGCGAAUUUCACGAAGAUAACGCGACAUGGUCGCGUUACGCGUUUACAGUGACAUACAGAAUAAGGGCCAAGUUCUAAUAUGCAUAAAAACGGUCUGCAAAUCGGUGUAAUAAAUAUUUAAUUUUACAUAAAAGGAAGUCACCAGGAAUCGGGUUUGCUCACCUUCUUUGGUAUAAAAUUCUCGCAGUAUACGGUCGGAUAUAAAAGUAGCCAAUAUGUUCAUUCAGAAUACCUGUUUCCAAGCUUCAUCCAAAUUUGUUUAGUGUUUAGUCAACGAAGAUCCAAUUAAAAUCCAAACUACACGCCAUAGUGGUUCUCGUAAGUGUGUCGCGUUCCAUGCAGCCUGCGUAUAUCCGGAUCCAACAAGCCGGCAUAAUUGUGUCAACUGCCGAGGGGUAAUCAUCUCUCGUCAGUCGACAUUCUAUUGGACCUAACUUAUCAUCAGGUGCAGUGGGGUCAGAUUGUCGUGCUCGCAUAAAAAAAAUAUGUGUAAAUGUUUUAAUUUCAUUGUAAAUAUUGUUAAUAAGACUACCGGUAUUGCAUAAUGUAAAAUAAAUAAGCUCUGUAGUUCUUCGUAAUUUUUUAACUGUAAUAUAUAUUUUUAUAAUA